CACCGCAACGUCGUUGGUUGGUCGGUCGGCGGGGAGUUGAAAGUGGAUUAUCGCCGGGCCGAUGAUAAGCGACGAUUAAAAUCAAACAAAGAUCGUAAUCGAAGACGACACUGCUCCCGUUACCGUUCGUUCUUCCCGGAGCCCAGCUCAAAAGCACCGCUCUCUAAAUCUCCCACACCGCACACUCUCUGUCUGAUUCGUUUUGGUGUUUCGCUGUUUUCCGAGCCGCUUUCAUUCGCCUUUUGACCGCGUUCGCAUAAUGGCGCAAUUGACAACGACGACUACGGCAUCGGGGGCCGCGCAGGCGCUGAACGGCGAGUACCUGGACCUGUCCCUAGCCUAUGCGGACGAGGAUGAGCCAGAGUGCGAGCCCAAGCCGGAGCAGAGACAACCGCUUCUGAAUACGGCUGGAAGAAAGCCCUCGCUGAGCGAGCGGCGAAAUGUAGAUCUACCAUAUCUGCGGGUCGUCCACGAGAGGGACCGCGAACGCGAGCCGGAAACUGAAGCGACAACAGAUUCGUCUCCCGACCAGUCCUCGACCUUUGCUCCCGGCCUGCGGCGCAACUCCAUAUCCAUGCCGUCGGGCAUUAAUGCCCUGGACCUGGAGGCCCUGCGCCUGCGGCAUCAGAUGCAGGCCCAAGAUGCCCUGCACGAGGAAACCAUAGCCGAUGAUGCGACUUCAAGCCUGGGAACGCCGGCCACUACGCCAGGCACCACCACGUUAAAUACGCCGGAUAAGGGCACAGGCGCUACCACCAUUAAUUUCGCUUCAACCCCCAACGAUGAUGACAGUGACGAUGAGUUCGGGAAUGUCAAGAAACGGGUUUAUCGCGAUCGCUUUCGCAACCGGAGACGUGCCUCGAUCGCCCCUCUACCGGCCCUGCGACUCAACAGCAAAGAGAUGUUGGCCAGCGAUUUCGAUACCCACAGCCUAGCCAGCAACCAGGCCUCGAUAACAAGCGUCAACUCUCUGGCCAGCUUGUUGCGCGAAAAGAUGCAGGCCUUUCCCCAGCUAAUACGCAAGAAGAAACGGGAGACUAAGGACUACAAGAUCAAGAUAUUCGUCAUCAUUAUGUUCUUCAUCAUUAUAUUUCUGAUUGGCUAUGCCUACAUUGCGUACCACCAGCAGGUGCUGACGAAGAGCUACUUCCAGAAGAUCAAGUUCAAUUCCGUGGACCGCAUCUUCCGUAUACUGAACCACGACGAUAAGGAGGUGAUAUCGGGGCAGCUGGGUGUGACUCUGAGCAGCGAUUCGGCACCGUUUCACUGCCUGGAGGAACAGCGGCGCUCAGACGGUAGCGUCUGCAUCGAGUGGAACGGCGUGGCGCGGCUCCAUAUGAACUUCGAGGACAAAGGCGUCUUUCGGUGCUACACGCUGCAGUGGCAGGCGCUGACGCCCGGCCUUCUGCCCACCGACUGCUACGAACUGAAGCGGGACAACGGCCUGUGGUUUGGCGGAGGCAUCACUAAGGGCCAGGAGUGGUCCCUAAGCUACGCCAACUUUGAUUUCAUGCCCUACGCCAGCGGGGACAGCAAGGUGCACCAGUUCGGGAACGGGGUGAAGCGCUACUUCAUUAACUCCAUCGGUGUGGCCAUGCAGGUGAGCGAACGGACGCCGCUACAGCUGGGCAUCAACCGGACGGAGAACCAGUUCUGCCUGCGGGCGGCCAACGAUGACUUUACGUUCGUCAAUCGGCUGACGGCGCUGCCGCAGCUGGACUACAAGAUCUGCACAACGGAGGAUAUGCGCAGCCUGCACAUGCUGAUGACGCAACAGAGCCUGUGGGACGGGCUGAAGGAGCAGGACAUCCAGGUGCUGCACUCGCUGCUGGAGGAGCCCGUCUGGCGCAUACCCAACCAGGACCUGCCCGACUCCCUCAACGAAACAGUCAUCUGCGACUACUCGGAAAGUGCCAUUGCGAUGGGCUUGGGCCAUAUCGUUAUCAACGAGUUCUGGCAGGAGAAUAUCGGAGACUUUAGCGUGGAUCGAGCGCGCUUCCCGACUCUGAAGGACACCAUCGAUGUGCUCCAUCGGCGUGGCUUUAAGGUGGUCUUCACCAUUCAGCCGUUUAUCAGUACGGACAGCGUAAACUUCAAGGACGCGGUGCGCCGCAAGCUGCUCAUCUACGAGCGCCACUCGGAGCGCAGCAUACCGGCCCUCACCCGCUACAAGAGCUGCUCCAGCGCCGGCGUUCUGGACAUUACCAACAACGCCUCCGUGCCUUGGCUGCUCGAGAAGCUGCAGCGCCUCAAGGAGGAGUAUGGCGUGAAGAGCUUCUACCUGGACCUGGGCACUGGCUACAACCUGCCCCACUACUACCAGUGUCGCCAACCGCUCGACAACCCGGACAUGUACGCCCGCAUGCUGACCGCCAGCCUGGAGGGCGAGGGCCUGAUGGCCGUCUCUACGGCCAGCGUGGUGCCCAAGCCGCCCAUCUUCCUCAGCACUCCGCCGGCCAAUGCCACCUGGGAGGGACUCCGAGAGACCCUGGCCGCCGUCCUCAACUACGGCGUCAUUGGUUAUCCGUUUGUCCUGCCGGGAGCUAUUGGCGGGGACUACCUGCUGGAGCGAUCGCUGACCAAAAUGGUUACGUUCUAUUCGCUCGGCCAGCCGCCGCUCCCUGACCCGGAACUCUUUAUUCGCUGGCUGCAGCUAGCUACCUUUUUGCCGGCCAUGCAGUUUAGCCAUUUGCCCAGUGAGUACCGCAGCGACCUUGUCACACGCGUCGCCCAGGAGAUGAAGGAGGUGCGCCAGACGGUGGUGAUUGCGCUGCUCAAAAAGUACCUCAGUCCGUCGAUGAACGAGGGCCUACCACUGGUGCGGCCCCUCUGGAUGAUGGAUCCCCACGAUCCCGCCUGCCUCAUUGUGAGCGAUGAGUUUUCUGUCGGCGAGGAGCUGAUUGUGGCCCCCAUCCUAGACGCGGGACGUGAGGAGCGCGAGGUGUACCUGCCGCAGGGCGUGUGGAAGGAUGGCAUCGAUGGAUCGCUGCGAAAGGGCAGUCGCUGGAUGCACGGCUAUCGCGUGCCCAAGGACAAGAUCGCCUACUUCCGCAAGAUGCCUGACAACACGCGCUUUUAGCGGGCCGUUUAGUAAUCCCUUUUCCAUGUGAUAUGAACCGAGAGAGCUCUGGCAAUUCCCGCAUAUGUCUAUAUCGAUAACUUAUUAUAGGUCUAUAGAGCAUUAAGAAUUACUCCUAAAUUAUAUUUUAUUUGCUUUUUUUGUGUGUGCGUGUAUCAUAAGUUAAGUACAUCUUUAUAUGUCCGACGCCCGCGAUACCCGAGGCAGCAAUCGAUCGCCACUCUAUCGAUAUUUGUAUCGUUGAUCGAGACACUCCCUUGAUAGACGCUUGCGCGUAGAGAAAGAACAUAUAUAAUAGUCGAUUUCUACCGACCAUCGAAAUGCUUACUCGCUAAAUAAAUAUGUUGUAUUUUUACUCGUAA